ACUGAGGAGCAGAGAAUGGGCCUUGUGUCCAGGCUGGUACCGGGGUGCCAGGCACUGCCGCCUCCCGCACAAAGACGGCGAUUUAGCCGCGGAAAAGAGCGUGAGCGGGUGCGAACGGCUGGAAUGGGUGACCUCUGGGAUGGCGAGGAGGAGGAGGGAGACAGUUUAACCGGGAUAACGCAGGGAGGGGAUUGUGAGAGAGGACCAGGGAAUAGCACAUAUAGAAACUGCGAGCGUGCAUGCGCGGCAGCCGCGGUGGUGGGGGUCAUGUGUUUGACAGAGGUCUUUCUGGUGCGCACAGAGCCCUGUUUGUUUAUCCCGCCUGCCUCUGCCCUGCUGCGAGACGGGGACAGAGACGGCACAGUGAAGACAGGGCUAUUGUGCGCCUCUUAUGUCACUGCCGGCGGGCUUGGCGCGGCAGAUGUGCUCAGCCGCGCCUCGAGUGAGAGAGCAGAGUCCCAGAGAGCUCCAGAGCGGGCAGGAGCCCUCAAGCGCGCGAGUUUCAGGCGGAGCCUUCCAACGCGGGACGGAUGCAUCGAGGUCCACAGCAGCCCCCCAGACAACUCCCGCUCGGCGCCUCGGCCGCGGGACGUGCGGGAAUGUUCUGGAAGGGUGUGCGGCGGGGCGGCGGGGAAGGAAAAGACAGCUGCUUUCUCAGCUGUGCGAGAGCUCUGGCGGUCAAGCCCCCAGGGAGCAGGCAGAGGCAGGGGGACAUCGAGCAGGGCAGUGCUGCUCUGCUUCGACCUCCCCGAAACCUGCUUGGCACCUCGUCACCUCGCAAGAACAGCUGCUCUUCGUCACGGGUGCUAUCUUCUCCGUCGCCGUUUGGCGGAAUCGCAAAGAUCGGCUGACUCCGACGUGCUGAUUCAGAACAUUCCUGUUCAGCUGCUGAAGUCAGCAGAUCUUGGGCGCCACAGACUCCUUUACCUAAAAGAGAUCGGCCAUGACUGGUUUGGCAAGGUUUUGCUGGGACAGGUGAAUGCUGGACUCAGCACCACUCAAGUGGUGGUGAAGGAGCUGAAAGCCAGUUGCAGCGUCCAGGAGCAGAUGCAGUUCCUGGACGAGGCCCAGCCUUUCCGUACUCUCCAGCAUUCUGCUCUCCUCCAGUGCCUGGCUCAGUGCACAGAGGUCACACCCUAUCUACUGAUUAUGGAAUACUGCCCCUUGGGAGACGUUAAAGGAUACCUCCGCAGCUGCCGGGCGGCAGACUCGGCCACCCCCGACCCUUCCGUCCUCCAGCGGAUGGCAUGCGACAUCGCCUCUGGUGUUCUAUACCUCCACAAACACAGUUACGUUCACAGCGACCUGGCUCUCAGGAACUGUCUGCUCACCUCAGAGAUGACGGUGAAGGUUGGCGACUAUGGCCUCUCCCACAGCAGGUACAAGGAUGACUACUUUGUGACGGCGGAUCAGAUUUGGGUACCUCUGCGCUGGAUCGCCCCAGAGCUCAUCGACGAGGUCCACGGUAACCUGCUAGUGGUGGACCAGACCAAGGCCAGCAACGUCUGGUCACUGGGUGUGACAAUCUGGGAGCUGUUUGAACUGGGGAACCAGCCAUACAGACACUACUCUGACAGGCAGGUGCUGACUUACGCUGUGAAGGAGCAGCAGCUAAAGCUGCCAAAGCCUUUGCUGAAAGUGGCCCUGUCUGAACGCUGGUAUGAGGUGAUGCAGUUCUGCUGGCUGCAGCCCGAGCUGAGGCCCCUGGCAGAGGAGGUUCACUUACUGCUCAACUACCUGUGCGCCAGGGGCAGCAGUGCAGCAGAGGAGGACUUUGAGAAGCGCUGGAACUCCCUCAGACCCAGCCUGGGCAGCGGCAGCUCCCAAAGAACCCCAGCCGUGCCAGACGUAGCCCCCUCCUCCUUUCCCUUGCUGGAGCACUUCUCCACAGCCGACGGCUUCCAUUCCGAGAAUGGCGACGACAUACUGACAGUCACUGAGACCAGCCACGGGCUCAACUUUGAGUACAAGUGGGAGCAGGCUCGGGCGGAGCAGCCCUACUGCUCCUCAUCUGCCAGUGGACCUCUAGGAAGGAGCAACCCACAUUAUCAGGACAUCUACUACCCUCUCAGCAAUACCACAGAGAGCUGCAGGGGGGAAGGUCUCACUUUGGGGGUUUCUCCUUCAUACUAUGAAUCAGAUCACCCAGGGGUGGUACCAGUACUGAGUGCGCACAGUCCGUCUGUUAGCAGUGAGUAUUACAUCCGCAUUGAAGAACCGGUAGAAUGCAAUAUAAAUCUGGAGGAAGACACUUUUGACUAUAGUCCAGGAAUUGAGGCCAGCCAGAGUAGCUUUUGUAUGACUGACACAAAGACUCCCAAAGAGGCCCAGGCAAACACUACCUACUGGUCAGCAGCAAAAGACUCUACAAGCAAUGCCUAUGAUUCAGAUGGUAGCCCAACUGUUGCUCUCACUUUGGAGCCUCUCCAGAGAAGAACUCUGAGCCCUUCCACAGGACCUGUGGAACAAUCAAGUCAAUAUUUCUGCCCCAAUGACAGAGACAGAUUCUACUGUGAAAAAUCACCUUCAGAAGAAUCGGAAGUUCCUUCAAAAAGAGGCCAACCGUUCGAGUAUCAUGUUGGGUCGGGGAGCCUCCACCAUGCAGAAGAACAGAAGAGCCCACAUAGGGUAUCUCUCUCACUGAGCAGCCCCAGUCUGGGCCACUGUGACCCCUACCUCGAGGCCAACCAGAGGACUGCUGAAAAAAGCAUGGCUAAUGAGACCUAUUAUGACAUGAUGGGCAGACUAGGGAAGAAUAUGUCCAGGCCACAUUACAUGACCAUUGAGGUUGAGGCAGGUGAUGGUCUUCUAAUGGGUGCUGCUGGUGAGGGUGAUGAUGAUAAUCAGUUUACAGAGAACGAAGCAACGAACUGGACCUCAAAUCACUCCGCAAAUAACAACAGUUUAAACUUUGAUGGAAGACAAGCCAGGGGAUCUCACGACACCUACCUUGAUUUUCGCCACACCACACCAACGCCAUCUUCCCAUGUCCAGAGCUCCAGGCCAGUAGCAGUAAGGGAUAAUUCCUCAAGUAAUAUCGCCCAUGCUCUGGAUCCACACUCGUACACAGAGGCUGUAUAUAGCAACUCAUCCACCAUUAAUGUUCCAUACACAGAUUCAGAAUGUGGAUCAUACAUACACUUGUGCUCUGAGGGAGGAAAGGAAGUAGAGUCUUCUGCCAGAUUUCCUUUAACCUCAGAAAAACUCCAAAUUAUUCAUCCAGCACAGAAGACCACCCCUCAUCUGCAUAACAGAGAGAGUGCGAUACACCUCCCAGUAGCAUCUUAUGCCACUAAGAACACACUCACUCUGCCAGCAGACAUAACUGUGACUAAAGAGGAACUGUUCUCUGACAGAAGCACAAGCCCUAUACAAGACACAAGACUCCGAUCCGAUGGCCUUCACGCACGCUGCAGAAAGAAUAUUCUAUGCCCCGAGGCUCUGUCCGAGCGCGUCUCCGAAUGCAGUCAUGUGGCAGACAGCUGGAUGGAGUCUGGCUGCUCCAGCAUCAGCCUGGUGGACAUUGAUGACUGCACGGAUAAUGACAUCACUGAUAUUGCCUCUGAAGUGUUUCCAGGCUCUCCUGUGGAAUUUGCAGAAGUGGGUGAUGUUAACCUAGCAGACAGACCCUUGCACCGAGACCCUGAGAACAUCACUGACCUGGCCUCCAGUAGCAGCCCUUGUGAGGCUUUCAGUCCAGAUGUUUACCACACAUGCAUCCUGCCCAAAUCACUGGACAGUGGCUAUGAUACAGAGAACAACGAGUCCCCUGAGUUUGUCAUGAAGGACCUGGAAGGAAAGCCAGUAAUCAGUACCAGUGUGGAAUCAGAGUGUGAAAUGGUCCUUCAGAUGGACCUUGAAGAUACUGAUGUUGUAGUUCAGACUCCAACUAGCAAUGGUAACCUCAUCCUGACAGAGCUGGGAGAAAGAAGCCAGUAUCGGGACUCUGCUUAUUUUUCAGACUGUGAUACCGAGAAUGACAAAAGUCCUUCUGAAGGUGGGAGCACUUUCUUCGAUAACCAGGUGGAGGAUGAUGUCUUCGGACACAGACCUUCAAAAGACAACUCUCCGAGGAAGACAGAGGGAGAGGGAAACUGCUCAGCAUGUCAGAAGGAGGAGUGUCAUGCUGCUCGGCUGACGGAAGGCACGAAUGAUGAUGUGCUCAGUGCCAAACAGUGUCUUGAGAAGAGGAAGUUGUCUGAUCUAGGUUCAGUUUCUGUUUCAGCUCCAGUGAUCAUGGUGUUGUCCCCCUUUCCUCCAGAGAUGGGGGGAUGUUUGACCAAGGAGUCUGCUCCAGAUGAUGGCCUUGGGCUGGAGUCUGAGCAUUCCGGAGAUGAGCCAGUUUCUGAUUGCUUCUCCAGCACAGCUUCUGAAGACUCAUCCACAACACAGGAAGCCACAGCCACGGAGGACCAAGCUAACAGCGCCGCCAAAGAUUUCUCAUCUGCAGACUCCCUGGGCUCAGACUCCACCAUAGUAGAGUUCAGCGGGGAGAUCUCGAAAGACUCUGAGAGUGGCGAAGACAGUCUAGAGUCUCAAAUGGACAGAAAGGAUGAGCAGAGGGAUGUGGUGGAAGAAGAAGAAGAAGUAACAGUAGGGGAGAAUGGCAUAGACCAGGCACUUUUGAGAGUUAAACAGGAUAGUUCUUUGGACAACAUCCUGCCUGUCUUACCAGAGGACUUGGACAUAGCAGCACCUCUGGGAAAUGGCGAAGAAGCAGAAGAGGAAGACUCUGACGAUAGUGACGAGUCUGAUGAAGAGCUCCGCAGCUAUAACGUGCAGGAGCAGAGCGAUGAGAGCGAGGAGGAGUUCACCACUGUGCCCGUGGUGGUGAGUGAGCGAAGCAGUGCUCGGCACCUCCGCAGCCUCCUCAAAAUGCCGGCCCUCCUUACGCAGUCUUUUUGUGAUGAGCUGGAGCGCAAAAAGAAAGCCGUCUCCUUCUUCGAUGAUGUCACCGUGUUCCUGUUCGACCAGGAGAGCCCUACGGGGGAGCUGUCAGAAUACACGUUUCCCCCAGGAACAGAACCUGAUUGCCAGCAGGCAGAGGGGACACACCCUCAACCAGAGAAGAUAUUCGGUCAUUCUGAUAACUCCUCAGGCAAGAAUAUCUCAGAAGAAAGCAGGCCCUUUGGGUGGGAGGAAGAUUAUUCGCUGAUGCCCAGUCCGUCGACGUUAGAACCCCGUUCUCACGGAAUCAGCACCCCACCCAAUUCUCCAGCCAGAUCUCCCGAGGAGAAACCAGCACCCCAGCUUUCACGCUUCAGUGUUUCACGCUUCUCCAUUACACAUGUAUCUGACUCCGACAUGGACUCCACGGGAGGAAGCAAUGCAGAUGGAGACCAAGAAUGAGAAGGCCAAUUUUAACUCUUUUGAAGGACAACAUGUAAACUCCUUGUGGCCUGAGCAGGCAGUAGAUUCUCUGUGUUCUGUUAUUUAAUGUCUGGGACGAAGGCUCCCCUGGAUCCGAUAUCCUUUUCGGAGACAGUGCCUCAUACUAUAGUUGAAUGAUGUUAGCGAACCUUGUGUCCCUAUACAGAUGGUCGUAGAGAGACAUAGUCUGAUUAGGACAACAUUUAAAAGAACAGAAAAAUAAAUCUAUAUGUAUCUGAAGAAUUUUAUGUAAUGUAAUGAUAAUCCUUAUUUAAUGAGAUUAUAAUUUAUUUGCAACAUACAGCAUCAACACUCAAAGUGCGACAAAUAAUUUCUAUACAAUCAACCGGUAGCAACAGUGAUGGGAUUGGUUAUAUUGCUGCACUUCUGAUUGGUUUAGUGUUCCAUCUUAUCACUCAUUGGUCAGAUCUUCCACAUGCUUUUUAAAUCUUUAGCGUGAGGUCAAAUGGGCAAAAACAACACAGAUACGGAAUGUUGUUGUGACUACACAAACAAAAUUUUCUCUCUGUAUAAACUCUUAAGAGUGUAGAAUUAUGCCUCUGUGAUAUAUAAAGCCCUAGAAUUAAACACCCCUUGGAUUCAAGGUCGGUUUUCUUUGGAGGCAAUCACUCCUCACCACUUUAAGCUAUAUCGUAGCUCAGGUAAAUUGUAUGAAAGAUGUAAAAGUGGUAUAUAUGGAAUCAAAUGUCACGUCACAAAGAUACUUGCGUUUGACAUGUUUUCUCAUAUUGGAAACAACAUUCCUUUCCCACCUUUGCGCUGCUUCACACUUUAGGAUGAGGCAAGGAUGAAGACAAUGCACUUUCUUUGCUGCGACCUAAAGGUCAUAUCUAAAUUCAAACCAAUCCAACAUAAUCCUUGUUUGUGUCCCUCUGUAGAGACCCUGUUCAAGUUCAUCACGGUUAAUUCCCUCUCACUGGCGUUGGCCUUUAUAAGCAAAAAUUCAUUUCCAUGGUGGUUGAGGAGGGGAUUGAGAAUUGAAGGGGUGCUGUGUGUGUGUCAGGUUGCACUUCCUCGCUUUGUCAACCAGCGUCUUUAAUCUUUUAGUGCCCAUUUUGCACACAAAUACUGCACACUGGGGGUUGAACUGUAAGUAGGACUAGUGAUGCUGUUUUAAGGUAUUUAUUCUAAUUUGCUAAAAUAUUAAAGCCUGUGCCACCAUCUUGUCUAGACAGCAUUAUUAUAAUAAACAGACCAGAGGUUAAUCAGAGAAUAUUACCUACCUAGUUAGGUUUUUAAGGAUAAUGGCACAAUUUUGGCAAAUAACCUCAUGUUUCAGUUCAGUGAUAUAAUAUUGGUCAUAAGUGUUUGGGGGUUUUUUUUAAUGAGAAACAACGCAGGACAGACUUCUCUUAAAUUGCUUACGAUAGUCAAAUCAACAAACCAACAUUAAUAUCUUAGCACUUUGCCAUCACAGGAUGCUGUGCAGAACAUCCCAUUUGUCUGCAGAGCUUUUGUACUUAAGACUCUACAUGUCUGCAUCCUUCACUACAGCACACUGCAACCACUCACCUGGAAUCGUCUUUAAAUUUGUUUAUAUAUUACAGAGUCCCCCACAAAGCCCAUAUUCCAAAUCUUUGAUAUCUUUUUUAGGACAUCAUAUGGACAUGCUUUAUUGCUUCUUUUGAUGAGGUUGUGUCUAUUUAAUAUAUAUGUAAAGAAAUUAUAUAUACAUAUAUACACACACACACACACAUAUAUAUAUAAUAUUUAUUUAUUCAAUAGCUCAUUGAGUUCAUCAAGGAGUGAGACUAUUUUUCCAGUUUUUCCCUCAUUUGCUAUUACGAUGAUUUCACUGGGUGUAUGUUUCUUCUAACCUUUGGUUGCUAUUGUAAGCAGUGUGAGAAGAUCACCAGUUUUGGCAAAUUUCCUAUAAAAUAACCCAUUUCACACCAGAAAGGCAUGUCACAAAGUUAAGGUGUACAAUUUGCUUACUAGCUGUAAGCCAUUUGCAAAAAUUGUCGGCCUUGUCCUUUAAAACGGGAAGACCCAUCACAACCAAUGGCAGCGCUCGAAAAACCUGCCCCUGUGCUAAAAAUGUACCUCAUGGUUUAUUAAGCUGGAUUCAUACAGUUGUAUGCAUUCUUAAAGGGAACCCAGAAACAUGUAUCAAUAUAGUGUGUGAGACAGGAGCGCAGAAUUGCAGGAACAGGACUGCGACGCUACCAGUGGAACGAGGGUGUGGUCUUCACUCCGUUUCCCCUUUUCACUUUUCUCUGCAACCGAGCUGACAUUGUAACUUUCCUCACUGAAGACCUACAUGUGUAUAAUACUUGGUCUUACUACAGUUGCACAGGUUGUGCUCACCCUAGCACCACUGUGCCAAUACCUCCAAACAGGCAAACUUGCUAUGUUGUUUCUUCCUAUUGACCUUGUAGGUGUUUUAUAAUCCGGGGGAGCGUGCAGUCUUGCACAUUUUUUAUGCCACUGAACAUAUCGGUGCUUCAUAGAGGACAAGUCCAUGGCUGUAUGUAUAUAAUUAUAGCUGCCAGAGUGGCAUUCAAGGAUCGGGAGCCACAAAUCGCCCUGUUCCAACGUGCUAGUGGGGGACAAUUUUCCCUGCACCUGUAGUAACAUCAUGCCUGUUGCUCCAUUUCUCUUCAUACGUGCAAACUGUAGUAUUCCAAAAAUAAACAAAACCCAGUUUGUCCUUA